UCGGUGAUUGGUCACUCCCUUUAGGGCAGACGGAUUUAAGAGCAUUCCUGCCGGUAGCUCGUUCUUAAUUUGCGGAGCGGAGACAGCGAGCAGCUCUUAAAAAGAACAGCACUUUAAAUUCUAUUUAUAUUUUCAUAAACAUUAAGGAACCAUGUCUAAGGGAACAGCUGUUGGCAUUGAUCUGGGAACCACCUACUCUUGCGUAGGUGUCUUUCAGCAUGGCAAAGUUGAAAUCAUUGCCAACGACCAGGGUAACAGGACCACACCCAGCUAUGUAGCCUUCACCGACUCCGAGAGGCUGAUCGGCGAUGCUGCAAAGAACCAGGUUGCAAUGAAUCCCACCAACACAGUGUUCGAUGCUAAGCGUUUGAUUGGCCGCAGAUUCGAAGACGCAGUGGUCCAGUCCGAUAUGAAGCACUGGCCAUUCAACGUCGUGAGUGAUGGUGGCCGUCCCAAACUCGAGGUCGAGUACAAAGGGGAGACCAAGUCUUUCUACCCUGAGGAAGUCUCUUCUAUGGUGCUGACCAAGAUGAAGGAAAUUGCAGAAGCUUACCUCGGAAAGUCUGUGACCAACGCUGUUGUAACUGUGCCAGCAUACUUCAACGACUCCCAGCGCCAGGCCACAAAGGAUGCUGGUACAAUCGCUGGCCUUAAUGUUCUCCGAAUCAUCAAUGAACCAACUGCUGCUGCUAUUGCUUAUGGCUUGGACAAGAAGGUUGGAGUUGAAAGAAAUGUGCUCAUUUUCGAUCUGGGCGGUGGCACUUUCGAUGUCUCCAUCCUGACUAUUGAAGAUGGAAUCUUUGAAGUGAAAUCCACCGCUGGCGACACCCAUCUCGGUGGAGAAGACUUUGACAACCGCAUGGUCAACCACUUCAUUGCAGAGUUCAAGCGCAAGUACAAGAAGGACAUCAGUGACAACAAGAGAGCUGUUCGCCGUCUCCGCACCGCCUGUGAAAGGGCAAAGCGCACCCUUUCUUCCAGCACCCAGGCCAGUAUUGAAAUCGACUCCCUGUACGAGGGGAUCGAUUUUUACACCUCCAUCACCAGGGCUCGUUUUGAGGAGCUGAACGCAGACCUGUUCCGUGGUACUCUGGACCCCGUGGAGAAGUCCCUCCGUGAUGCCAAGAUGGACAAGGCCCAGAUCCACGACAUUGUGCUGGUCGGAGGAUCUACCCGUAUCCCCAAGAUCCAGAAGCUGCUGCAGGAUUUCUUCAACGGGAAGGAGCUCAACAAGAGCAUCAACCCAGAUGAGGCUGUUGCCUAUGGAGCAGCUGUGCAGGCUGCCAUCCUAUCCGGGGACAAGUCUGAGAAUGUGCAGGACCUGCUGCUGCUGGACGUCACUCCCCUGUCUCUGGGCAUUGAGACCGCCGGUGGGGUCAUGACUGUGCUGAUAAAGCGUAACACCACUAUCCCCACCAAGCAGACCCAGACCUUCACCACCUACUCUGACAACCAGCCCGGUGUGCUCAUCCAGGUCUAUGAAGGUGAGCGAGCCAUGACCAAGGACAACAACUUGCUGGGCAAGUUUGAGCUGACUGGUAUCCCCCCCGCGCCCCGUGGUGUUCCUCAGAUCGAGGUCACUUUCGAUAUUGAUGCCAACGGCAUCCUGAACGUCUCUGCAGUGGACAAGAGCACUGGCAAGGAGAACAAGAUCACCAUCACCAACGACAAAGGACGCCUGAGCAAGGAGGAUAUCGAGCGCAUGGUCCAGGAAGCAGAGAAGUACAAGUCUGAGGAUGAUGUGCAGCGUGAGAAGGUCUCAUCCAAGAAUGCCCUGGAGUCCUAUGCUUUCAACAUGAAGUCGACUGUGGAGGAUGAGAAGCUGGAGGGCAAGAUCAGCGAUGAGGACAAGCAGAAGAUCUUGGAGAAGUGCAACGAGAUCAUCGGCUGGCUGGAUAAGAACCAGACUGCUGAGAAGGAGGAGUAUGAGCACCAUCAGAAGGAGCUGGAAAAGGUGUGCAACCCCAUCAUCACCAAGCUGUACCAAGGCGCUGGCGGGAUGCCAGGUGGCAUGCCAGGGGGCUUCCCAGGGGCUGGUGCUGCUCCCUCCGGAGGUGGCUCAUCCGGCCCUACCAUCGAGGAGGUUGAUUAAAGAAACUUAGUCUCAAGAAUCGUUACCCGAAGGACCCAAUCUGUAAGCCAACGCUGGUCAUUGGCUCUUCCCAACCAUCUCCAAGCCAUAGCUGCUAUGUUCUGUUUGUGAUGCUGGAUACUUGAAUCCACUGCGUAACUUGCAGUGUAGUUGUACUGUUGCUGGCAAUACAUUUUGAGUCCAGGUGAAUAAAACCUACUUGAAAAUCUAAAA